AUGGUACCAAACGACAGUUCAGACUUCCACCUGAUCAUUCGCCAACAGCCUGAACGGGCACGAGUGGCGGGGGAUAAGGAGAAGGCACGCAAACCUAUUGAUCCGCCACCGAUUGUGCAGCUGCAGGUGAAGGAACAGAACAGCUAUCUUGCGCAACACUACCUCCAAAGUCCUUACUAUAUCUUGUGUUGCAGCGUCUGCCAUGCCACGGAGGAUCUUCCGGCUCCAGUGGGUUCUUCUUCCACAGCUUUAGCAGGGACGUCAGUAUCAUCCCUCCAUCAUCUGAAGGAUCUGGAUAAUACCGAUGGGGGCUUCUUCGUCUUUGGAGAUCUCUCCAUCAGGAUCUCUGGGGAGUUUCGAUUAAAGUUUACGCUCUUCGAAAUACAGAACGAUAGUAUCGUCACGAACUUGAAGUCCAUUAUCUCAGAACCAUUCACGGUAUCGCUGCCGAAGAGCUUCCCUGGAAUGGCCGAGUCCACCCUCCUUUCGAAGUCUUUUGCAGACCAAGGGGUUAAGCUAAGACUACGAAAACAACCUCGGACCUCAAUAAAUCGAGUGAAUCCCCAGCCAGAAGAUCUUCAGCUUCUAGGCUCUACAUUCGGUGACUAUUCUGGGAUGGUUCAAAACAUCCCUAAUGCUAUCAUUCGUGGACCCGUCGAUCACCAGUACAUGCCAAAUGCUCAAGGUGCAAGGUACCCGAAUCAGGUUGACAUGUACCACGCUGCAAUUUUACAAAGCUAUAACUACUAG